AUUCGCUGGCUAUAAUCUACCAGUGUCUAGAUCCAAAGGCAACAACGACAACUACAGCGUUCCUGGCCACAGAACUUCGCACCGCUCAGACCACAUCUUUACCAUCAGUGCCUCCAUCAUUCUCAACAUCACCACCAAUGAACGACACCUCAAAUCACCCACCACCAAUGAACGACACCUCUCCACCUUUACCAAAUUUACCACUACCGACAGAUUCCUCCUCUUCUUCAACGUUACCAUCAUCAUCUUUUUCGCCAUUUAAAUCAUCAUCUUCUCCAGCGUCACCAUUAUCUAUGCCGCAGCCGUCAUCGACACCAACGCCACCACCACCACCACUACCACCUCAAUCAGUACCUCUUCCACCGCCAACUCCAACAUUCAUCCCUGGGUUUUCAGUUUCAGUUUCAGUUUCUCCUCUUGCCCCAUCUUCAUCACCCCCUGCUGAGCCUGAACUGUCACAGGGUCCAACAUUCACUCCGACCUUCGACCCUGCCAAUGCCCAAACAUCAACAUUCGUCGCCAACAACAACAACUUUUCCACUGGUGUGGCGUCUGCAAGCGCUCCACCACCAUUUUCUAGCAACCCUGCAGUUGUAGUGUCAUCCACCGUCGCUUUCAGUCCGCCGCCCGUCCCUACAACUAUCAUGCCCGCUUCCAAAAUUCCGGCCAUCAGUCCCGAUGCAUCCGCUCAGGUUCCGUCUUUGAAUGUUUCCAAAUUCUCAUCAUCGACGACAUCAUCAUCAUCAUCUUCUUCUUCGUCGUCGUCGUCCUCGUCGUCGUCAAAUGAUUCCACGGCCUAUACGGGCCUCGUGUUAGGAGCGAUUGGUGUAGCAUUCGGAGGCUUGUUCAUGUUGAUACUGCUCUGCCUCUUGGCUUUCUUCGUCUACAAGUAUAUUUCGAAGAGGCAGGAGGGGUAUACAACGAAGGAGAUGUUGAGUGGCAUGUACAACCCCAACCACAACUUCAUCGGUACCUCUUCCGUCUGAUG